AUGCUGCUCCGUUCACCGAAUAGCUUACACUACCCCAUCACUGUCACCGAGCUGCACAAGCAACCUGGCGACGAUGUCGAAAGGUUCGCCCCGCUCUUCUCGUAUUAUUACAAGACCACGGUGACAGAGGGCAAUCGCUUUGGCGAGGAGUUCCAGGUCGAGCGCACCUAUCCUUCCAAAUAUUUGUCUGACCAUGUGGGCACACUGAAGGAGUGGAGGAUCCAAAAGGGCACCGUCAUCACUCAAAAGGAUGUCGACCUCGCCGUAAUUGAAGAGCCAUGCGCUCACGAGGUGCAGUUUGGUGGCAUGUGCGCUAACUGUGGCAAGGAUAUGACCGAACUUUCAUACAAUACCGACGUCUCCGACGCUGAACGUGCGACGAUCAAUAUGAUCCAUGAUAAUGUUUCCUUGACGGUGAGCCAAGAAGAGGCCACGCGUGUUGAGGAAGAGGGAAAACGACGGCUACUGGCUUCGCGCAAACUGAUUCUUGUGGUUGAUCUGGAUCAGACCAUCAUCCAUGCCACUGUCGAUCCGACCGUGGCCGAGUGGCAGCAGGAUACGGAGAAUCCCAACCACGAGGCCGUCAAGGACGUGCGAGCCUUUCGGCUGGUUGAUGACGGGCCUGGCGCGCGCGGAUGCUUUUAUUACAUUAAACUCCGACCUGGUCUUAGGCCGUUUCUGGAGGCCAUUUCCAAGUUGUACGAGUUACAUAUUUACACCAUGGGCACAAGAGCUUACGCACAACAUAUUGCCGAUAUUGUCGACCCCGAUCGCAAGAUUUUUGGUAAUCGUAUCCUAAGUCGCGACGAGAGCGGCAGCUUGACGGCCAAGAAUCUGCAGCGACUCUUCCCGGUGGAUACCAAGAUGGUCGUUAUCAUUGACGAUCGCGGCGAUGUGUGGAAGUGGACCGAGAAUUUAAUCAAGGUCACGCCGUAUGACUUUUUCGUGGGAAUUGGCGACAUCAACUCUAGCUUUUUGCCUAAGAAACAAGAACCGCCAGCGUUGUCACGGCCGCCGAAGACGGGCCACCACCAACAACCUCAAGAUGGACCGCAAGAUGGGUUGGACAAGGAUGGUUCAGAGGAGGGCAACGGAAAAACGCAACCGAAUGACGAAGACGACAGUGCACGAGAGCAGCCCCCCGCCGACGCCGCCGACGCCACGGCAGCAUCUCGGUCAGCGCCGUCGCAAGUAUCGGCCCUCGAACAGCUCGUGUCCAUGGGCGGAGGGGACGAUCCCGCCGUCCUGCAGGCGCAAGCCAACCAACAAGAUGAAGCACUAGCGGCACAGCUUCAGGAUCGACCGCUGUUACGGAAGCAACGUCUUUUGGACGAGGAGGACGAGGCUGCUGAGGCAGUGGAAUCCAGAGAGGACGACGAAGGCCAAGACGUAGAUAAAGUGGCUGAUGAGGCUCAUAAGCAGCAACAGCAUCAUCAUCAACGACAUCAUUUGCUGCAGGAUAAUGAUGCGGAAUUGCAGUACCUAGAGCAGAGCCUCGUAGCGGUGCAUCACUCCUUUUUUGAUGAAUACGACCGGAAUGCAGCAGCUGCCCAUGGUGGGCGAAUAGCGCAGCUUCGCGGCGAAAAGCACAGCAAAAAGCUUAGCACAACAGACGGUGCUGCUGCCGAUCUUCAAAUCGUUCCCGAUGUCAAGUACAUUAUGCCGGAGAUGAAGAUGAAGGUUUUGGGGAAUACUGUCAUUGUCUUUUCUGGUGUUGUACCGUUGGGAAUUGAUGUCCAGACGUCGGACAUUGGUCUAUGGGCGAAGACGUUUGGCGCAACAAUAUCGGAAAAGGUCAGCCGGCGCACAACACAUGUGGUCGCGGCAAGGAACCGAACCGCCAAAGUACGACAAGCUGCGCGUCGACCACACAUCAAGAUUGUGAAUACGCAAUGGCUCUUUGACUGCAUGUCGCAAUGGAAGAGACUUGACGAGGGACCGUAUAUUAUCCCAGUCCUCCCGGAAGACCGAGGCGAGCAGCAUCAGGCCGACGUGACUGCUAAUUCAGAUGAUAACGUGCUGCUCUCCUCUUCGGGCGAGGAUGAAAAUACGACGACGGGAGACGAAGCUGGCGGUAAUGGCAAGGAUCUCAAACUCCAGACAGACGAUCUCGAUGAGGACCCCGAAGGGGUCGCUCCGUCUGAUAUGGACGACGAUCAAUCUCCCAUUGGCGGAAGCAAUGAAGAUUGGAAGCUAAUGCAAGACGAAAUGGCCGAAUUUCUUGGGUCGGACGCUGAUGAUAGCGACACGGAGAGUGUGGCUUCAACUACGAGUAAUUUGUCGUCUAGCGCUCGCCGAAAACGAAAGCGAUCUGCGUCGCCUACUGGCACAGGGCCGACCGAAGAAGGUACCGAUGAUGAAGGCGGAAACUCUGGAGAUGUUGGCGCAGAAGAAGAAGAAGAUGGAUCCGCCCUGUCCCAGCGCAAGAGAAGAGCGUAUGAGCGAUCGACGGGACUAAAGGAGGUGGCCACGCUGUCGAAGAAUAAUUCAAGUCUACCUACACCCCGGCAGACCAAUACCGAUGAUGAGGGAACAGAAGUCGAUGCCGAGACAUUUGACGAAGAGGAGGAUGAGGACCAGGAGGGCAGACUAUCGGGGCCAAAUCAUCUUGAUGCAACAAGGACAGAGGCGUUGCAGAAUGGAAAUGUCAAGGUCCCAGAUGAGGCGCCAGCAGAGGAUGACGACGGCCUCGAAGCCGAUCUGGAAGCAGACCUGGAAGCGGAGAUGGAAGCGGAAAUGCGAAGAGCAGAAAGCGAGGGCACAGCAUGA